UAAUGUGAUGUUACUGCCGAUUUUUUCAAACGAGGUAGGUCUGACAAACCACAAGAAGUUUAGUGAGGCAAGACAGAAAGGGAAAGACCCUACUGUAAGUAAUAAACAAUGGUGCAAACCCUGUGAAAAACUUACACCACGAAUUGAAUCAGUUAUAGCAGAGAAGAAGGGCAAAAUACUGCUUGCUAAAGUGGAUGUUGAUGAAAACACUGAUCUUGCCAUGGACUACGAGGUAGGCAGUAUACCAUCCCUCAUAGCCAUUGAAAAUGGGAAGGUAAAAGAAAGGCUAGAUGGGCUACAAAACACUGAGAAAUUAAGAAGUUUUGUUGAUAAAAUCUGUAAGACAGAAAAGGCUGAUGAAUGAAAAAUUAAUGAGAAUUAUAUAUUCCACU